CCAAUCAGAGGCAGAGUAGGGCGUGUAGUUAGCCAUGCUAGGCUAACUAGGAACAACAAAUCCUCCUUCAGUGGUGAUGAGCUGAUGGUUUUAUAUGCUCUCCAGGAGGAGUGGAGAUGCUGACCUGCUGCUGACAGCCUUCACACAUAACAUUACACAGUUGAACCAGAGGAGGAAGGGAUGCUGCCUUUAGUUGGAGCUGAGCUGACCCCAGUGCAGCUCUAUCGACAUCUCCUGAGAUGCUGCAGGCUGCUACCGUCAGCAGCCAUGCAGAAGCAUUACCGACAUGCCAUAAGACAGGGUUACGUCAGUCACUCAGAUGAAGACGACCAAGAGAGAAUACAAAUGAUCAUCCAAAGAGCGAUCGCAGACGCGGGCUGGAUUCUUGAUAAAUAUACCAAGAAGAAGUGAAGUUCAUAAACCAUGAAUAUGUCUUAGGGGUGUGCCGCUCCGGACAUGCGUCGUAGUGGUGGACGUGCUGUUUUUAUGUCUCAGUCCUGAGUGCUCGUUGUGUUAUUAGUGGCCAUUACUGUGAGAUGUGAACAGCCACGAUGAAGCAACAAGACGUCACAACUCAUGGACUGUUGGGACUAUACUAUAGGAAAUGACAGCUCAAUUCACUGUACUAUCAAAGUGUAAAUACUGUUCUUAGAUUGAAAUGAGUUGACUAUAUAAUGUAUUUCUUUUUCAAUAAAUUCAUUCUCAAUAAUGA